AUGGCUGUCAACAUCCCAGGAGUGAUAGCUAUGGUGUUUUUCUACCUGCUGGUCCUUGGGACCGGCAUCUGGGCUUUUUUCAAGUCCAAAAGAGAACAGAAGAAAAGUGCAGCUACUGGAAUGGAUAUGGCCCUGCUGGGAAACCGGAGCAUAAGCUGGGUGGUGGGGGUCUUCACAAUGACAGCUACAUGGGUUGGAGGAGGCUUCAUUGUUGGCACAGUUGAGAUGGUGUACACACCCUCCAUGGGACUAACCUGGACACUUGUGAUGUUGACGGGAUACAGCUCGUCUUUGGUUAUUGCUGGCUUGGUGUUCACCAAGCCAAUGAGAGAGAGAAACUGGUUGACGAUGCUGGACCCUUUCCAUGUCAAGUAUGGAAGAGUACUAACAGCUGGACUGAGCCUGGUUUCACUCAUCAAUGAUGUGGUCUCUUUGCCAACAACACUAAUUGGUCUAGGAGGAAUCAUGAGUGUAGUCCUGGAUUUGUCCUUCAGUGUGUGCAUCUGGAUCUCUGCUGCCGUCGCCACUAUCUACACACUGCUGGGAGGCCUCUACUCUGUGGCCUACACAGAUGUUAUACAGCUUGUCCUCAUAUUCAUCAGCUUGUGGCUCUGUGUUCCCUUUGUCAUGAUGAAUCCUCACACCAUGGACAUUAGCCAGACACUGAUGAACAACACCUUACAUGCUCCCUGGAUUGGUCAACCAGAGCUGAAAAAGACCUGGAUACUGAUUGACAACUUCUUAUUCUUUGCUCUGGGGUCUCUGGGGUACCAGAGCCUCCAUCAGAGGACCUUGUCGGCUUCUUCCUUAGCCACGGCGAAGCUCACAUGUGUUGUUGCUGCUUUCAUCUUUUUUGUAUUUGGGAUACCUAUCAUACUGCUUGGGGCAGCUGCCUCAUCCACAGACUGGAACCAGACUACCUAUGGUUCUCCAUCUCCAUAUGAGCGUGGGGAAGCAGCUUUCAUCUUGCCCAUCGCCCUGCAGCACCUCACCCCAUUCUUCAUCUCCAUCAUUGGUACUGGAUGUGUGGCUGCCGCUGUGAUGUCAUCAGCUGACUCUGUUUUGCUUUCUGCAGCUUCUGUCUUCACUGUCAACAUCUACAAGAACAUCCUGAGGCCUCAGGCAUCAGACAGAGAGAGUCAGUGGGCAAUCCGUGCUGCUGUGGUGGUCGUGGGCUUGGUUGGUACAUCACUCACCAACCUGAAAAACAGUGUCAUAGUGUUCUGGUUCCUUAGUGCUGAAUUGGCCUACAUUGUAGUUUUCCCUCAACUCCUCUGUGUCCUCUUCUUCAACAUCUCCAAUGGUUACGGGGCUAUUAUGGGCUGCCUGGUGGGAGGUGUGUUAAGACUGCUCAGUGGAGACCCAUCUCUUGGGUUAGCACCAAUCAUACACUUCCCAGGAUGCACUCUUGAGGACGGGGUUUAUGUCCAGUACUCUCCAGUUAGGACCAUCUCCAUGCUGUCUGCCAUUGCUGCCAUCUUGUUGAUCUCCUACCUGGCUUCUGUGCUCUUCAACAAAGGCAUGCUUCCUGAGAAGUGGGAUGUGUUCAAAGUGAAAGUCCAGCAAACAGCACAACCACUGACACCAACAGAUGCUGCCACAGGACAUAACGAGAAUGAGAAACUGAGCAGAAACAACUCUGAGCCCAGCGGGCACUUCCCCCCUAUCCAGACUACCUUCACCUGCCCCCACACCCACACUGUUGACUGUUCCCAACACAAGCCCUCAGCUGCCCCCCACCCUCUGCAGCACACCCUAGUCCCCCCCCCCCCCCCCCCCCAUCACAUUGGACCAGGUGAGGAGAGAGCUGAGGUGACUGAAGCAGAGGAAAUCUGCAGGACCAGACGGCAUCAGGCCCAGGGUGCUGAGGACCUGACCUCCCACCUCACGAAGACCAUUGAGAGGCUCCUCCUCAGCCACCUUCGCUCAGUGGUUAGCUCCCCCCUGGACCCGCUGCAGUUUGCCUACAGGCCCAACAACGGGGUAGAGGAUGCCUUCAUCAACCUGCUGCAGCGGGUGCUCACAUACCUGGAGACCGCAGACAGAGCUGCGAGGGUCAUGUUCUUUGACUUCUCCAGUGCUUUCAACACCAGACAGCCGGCGCAGCUGGGGAGGAAGCUGGAGGACGUGGGAGUGGAUAGACAUCUUGCUGCCUGGACCAUCAACUACCUCACUGACCAUCCACAGUACGUGCAAAUGUGA